CUUCCCGAAUUGGCUGAAUUGACAUUGAAUCCUUCCAAAGACUCGAAAGGAGAAAUGAUUAGAAACCUCUAUUCUUGCUUAAUGCAUUCUAGUUCAGAGAAAGUUGAAGGUGCCAUCAACUCGUUAGUUAAGAAGUUCACCCAGUCAGCUGACUCAAGACUAGAAGGUAUUGAGGGUGUGGAUAGCAGCAGUCUUGUUGAGCUGUUUCUUCGUUUGAACCAACAAUUUCCUGGCGAUGUUGGCUGUCUCAGUGUCUUCUUUUUCAAUUACAUCAAAAUGAAGCCAGGAGAAGCAAUAUUCUUGAAGGCAAAUACUCCACAUGCCUAUAUUUCUGGUGAUUGUGUUGAGUGUAUGGCAAAUUCGGACAACGUGGUACGAGCUGGUUUGACACCAAAGUUCAAGGAUGUUGAACGAUUACUGGAUAUGCUGGAAUACGAAUCACUUGAAGGACCUUCAAAUCUUCGAUUUCCUCCUGUUGCCUCAUCUAAGAUAUCAACACCUGAAGGAGUGAAAUUCGAAUGCUUUGUUCCGCCGGUUUCAGAGUUCGCUGUGAAUUCGAUUCAGUUCGAUAACGAAAGCAGAGAAUUCAGCCUUCCACCAGUUCCUACAGCCAGCAUUCUUCUUUUCAUUCAUGGGGAAGGAAUUAUAACAGCUGCACUUCCUUGCCAAACUAAUUCAACAAAAUUCGAGUUUGGACCCGGUUGUAUUUACUUCGUGCCCGCGAAAAUGAAAGUGACUCUAACCUCAAAGGCAGGUGGCCCUCACUCGUCACUCAACGCUUUCCGUGCUUACGUCAAUUUGAUCUGA